AUGGCUAAGAUAAGUCCAGCCCACAAGCCAUCCAAGCAAAAUGCUGCUGUGGGGCUAAAACCACCUCUGAAGCAUUCUGCUCUUAAAGCUGAACAGACCAGAGGCUGAGAAUCAUGACAAGCAGAUUUUCUGCUUGUGUGCUGGCUUUACUGCACUUCUGUCGUUCCUCUGACUCAUACGGACCACAGACAUUGCCUGAUGUUGGAGAUGCAGAGUUUAUUAAGGAAUGUGUGCAAACCCAUAACAGAUUCCGGUCCGGAGUGAAUCCGUCGGCCAGCAACAUGCUCUACAUGAGUUGGGAUCCAGACUUGGCAAAGACUGCAAAAGCUUGGGCAAAGAAGUGCCUGUUUGAACAUAAUACGUACCUGAAAGAGCCAGGGCAGGCUCACCCCAAAUUUAGCCCCGUUGGAGAAAACCUCUGGACUGGCUCACUUUCUAUUUUUACUGUGCAAGGAGCCAUCACCUCUUGGUACAACGAGGUCAGUGCCUACACUUAUGCCACCAAUAAAUGCAGAGGAGCAUGCGGCCACUAUACACAGAUUGUUUGGGCUACAAGCUACAAGGUUGGCUGUGCUGUCCACUUCUGUCCCAGGGUGGCGUACUCCUCCAUAACCAGUGCAGCACACUUCAUCUGCAACUACGGGCCAGCUGGGAAUUACCCAGUGCGCCCAUACAAGACAGGAGCAGCAUGCAGUGACUGCAAUGGCGAGCAGUGCAUUAACCAGCUAUGUCGAAAUGCAGAGCGUGACAAAGUCAUUAGUGAUUCCAAGUGGUAUCCAGAGUGGGACAGAUCUCCAUGUGAUGAGUACUGCAUCGUCAUUAUUGCUUUAAGGCCGUUACUCCUUAUACUGACAAUUCUGGCCACCUGGCUCCUACCAAAAUACUGGUCUGUAAUACCUGCCAGUGAGUGACACAGGCAGAAGAGCACAAGAGUACUUGGGUCAACUCAUCCCUUCCAUGCACAUUACCAGCAGCACAAAGAUUGGUAGAGACAUUGUUUGCCUCCAAAGGUGAUUCAGAGGUACAGAAAUACCACCUUUACUGCAGGCAGCAGCUGGGAGAGCUGAUAAGCAGCUUUCUCACUGCUCAGAGCCAGUAACUGGUCUUAAAUCACUCAUGUAUUUAGUGGAGUGGUGUGAACAGGACCCGAUAGCUGGGGGAGCACGCUGCCC